GACAGGAUAGGAAGCCUCGCUUUAAGAGCACCUACUACAACAUGGCUGCGUGCACACAUCUCCCCAUGUCUCUCCUCUGCCUGCUGCUCUUGGUGACCGCGAUUGCAGACGAUGGGGCUCAUUUUCCAGAGGAAAUCCUGUUGGAGGAGUCGGCCUUACAAAGGCCGAAGGUUUUGCUGGCCAUCAUAGCCCGGAACGCGGCGCACACACUGCCCUACUAUUUGGGUUGCAUCGAGAGACUAGACUACCCUAAGGACAGAAUCGCUCUCUGGGUUGCCACAGACCAUAACAUUGACAACACAACAGCAAUCCUGCGGGAAUGGUUAAAGAAUGUUCAGAAGGCCUAUCACUAUGUGGAGUGGAGACCGCUGGAUAGUCCCAGGUACUAUUCUGAUGAAAUAGGGCCAAAACACUGGAGUAAUUCCAGGUUCGCACAUAUGAUGAAACUCAGGCAAACGGCACUGAAAACUGCGAGGGAGAAGUGGGCUGACUACAUUUUGUUUGUAGAUACAGACAACUUGCUAACAAAUGAGCAGACACUGAAUCUGAUGAUAGCUGAAAACUUGACCGUGGUUGGCCCCAUGCUGGAUUCUAACACAUUGUACUCAAACUUUUGGUGUGGGAUGACACCCCAGGGAUACUACAGGAGGACUCCUGAUUACAUUCCAAUUCGAGAGUGGAAGCACAAAGGUUGUUAUCCUGUUCCUAUGGUGCAUUCCACUUUCCUCAUUGACCUGCGCAGGGAGGCUACGAAAAAGCUGGCGUUCUACCCUCCACACCCAGACUACACCUGGGCAUUCGAUGACAUCAUUGUCUUUGCAUUUUCCUGCAAAGUGGCCGAGAUCCAAAUGCACAUAUGUAACAGAAAGCGUUAUGGCUACCUCCCAGUGCCCCUCAAGGCCCAGGAGUCCUUACAAGAGGAUAUUGAAACCUUUGUUCAUGUUCUCAUUGAAAGAAUGAGUAAGUUUACUAACAAGGACAAAAGCAAACUCUGUCAUGGUCAUGAGAUAUUUUCAAACGAAAUAUUUAUUACAUCUUUUAACAGGGAAGAUUAUAUGAUGUUCUAUGAACCUCGAGAUUUAAAAGCCUUUUCAGUGGAGCCCCUGCUGAUUUAUCCGACGCACUACACUGGGGAGCCAGGCUAUCUGAGCGAUACCGAAACCUCUAUAAUCUGGGACAAUGAUGAAAUACAAACGGACUGGAACCGCAACUUAUCCAGAAAAACUAGGGAGCAGGGAGAGAUUGGGGCCGAAGCCCAGAAUACAGAGGCACUGCAACCCCAAACACCCAUUGACACAACUUCUCGAGAUGAAUUAUGAUGUGGUUCUGCACUAUUCGGCUCUGAUCUGUGAUCAGAACCAAUGCUUCUCUGUCAAACCGAUGUGGUUUGGGGAAAAUAAAUGUCUGCUGGAAGGCAACUAUAAAAAUCUCUUGGGAUAAUGUGACAUAGAAUCAAGUGAAAGCUAUAGUAUCUCUUCAUUGGGCUUCCUGCAUCCUUUCAAAAGGUGGCAGCUGAUUUUGGUGAUCAGGUAUCAGUUACUACUGGAUUAUUUGAAAUUGUGAAAAUGCUUCCUUUAUUUCCAUUUCCAUAUCUCUUAUGUUGGCUUUCACGUGUUAUAUAUAUUCCCCCACUACUUUAUUAAAGAGCCAAUGGGUGUGGGAUCUCAUUAAUGCUGUCCAGAGGACAGCCCUGCUUCUGCCACUGUGCAACUUCAUGCUCAUAGCUGCCUCUCAAAAGAUCUGAAUCUAUGGUCACAUACCAGUGUAGGAACUGAGCAGGGCUCAUAAUGGAAUGACUAACUCUUCAACUGCUGCAAACUCAAUGAGAGCUAGAUUUUCAAACUGCUGUUAUCACAAGGAUGUUUUUGGUGCCACAUUCAAUAUUCAGAAUAACACUAAUAUUUCUGCUAGUCCAGAAUUUCUCUAAGUGGUACUACUUUUACCAAUUUUGUUCUUUAAAUAAUAGUGUGUUGUGUGUAUGUGCAUGUGGUUUGUUUCUAUUUAUUUCUGUUCUUCACUGGCUUGCAAUUCUUGCUGUAUAGGAUCAAAGACAAAGUGAUGCCAUUUUUCUCUCUCUACAAGGACAUUGUUACUGGUUUUCCUCUGAGACCAGUGCAAAACUCUACAAGUUCAUUGUAAGCCCGACACUUUACUGUCAAGUUUCACCCCUGCAAGCUGGCACAACAUGGAAAUUUGAAAAUGAUGAAAAAAAUUUUUUUUAAGACUUUAGUCUUGUCCUCAUCAGGACACUCUCAAGAAUACCAAUGUAACGGGAGAAAACAUUCAUACUGUAGGUGCAAUGAGUGCUGAUUGGUAAAAGGAUGGAGAAUUAACCAGUUGAUGAUUGGCAAUUAACUGCCAAAUUUUGUUGUGGCUUGUCUUGAUUCAACAAAACAGAUAAUUGCCAUUCUGUGAUUCAUUUGGCAGGGCAAUGCCUUGUCUAAUCAGUCAACCUUCAAAUUUAAAAUUUAACAAGGUUUAGCAGUCAACUGUCCAUCAUCAUCUAACUAGUCCAUUUUCCAUUGGUAACAUCCCUAUCAAUCAUAGUGCACUUUUCAACCCAUCAGAACUAUUUUUUUUUUGUGCAUUAUAAAAUGUUGUUUCCCUUUAUGUCGAUAUUCUUGCAAGUAUCCUGAUGAAUGCAAGGCAAAAAACUUCAAAAAACAUGUCCUAUUUUACAGCAGUACCCAAGUUCUGUGUUUCCAAACAACUGUUUGAAAAUGGAGAUAGGAGGAAGUGCAGAUGCUGGAAAAUCUGAGAUAACAAGGUGUAGAGCUGGAUGAACACAGCAGGCCAAGCAGC